CGGAGACCAGGCUCCUGGAGGUGGUUACCUGGCAACCCAGAGUCGGCUCUGAAGACCGGAUUCCUGGAGUUUGUGGCUUGAAAAUGUGCCACUCAUCUCCAGCUGUGGGAAACACCAAAGACAGAUGACCCCAGUCACCAAGCUGUGUUCAACUCUUUGAGACCCCAUGGACCGCAGCAUCCCAGGCUUCCCCGUCCAUCACCAUCUCCCAGGGUUUGAUUAAGCAGGGUGUUUUGAGUGCUGUAUUAAAUGCCUGGGCGGCAUUCCCUACGCCUCUCUGAUCGCCACCAUCCUGCUGUAUGCUGGGGUCGCCCUGUUCUGUGGAUGUGGUCAUGAAGCACUUUCUGGAACUGUCAACAUCCUGCAAACCUACUUUGAGAUGGCCAGGACUGCUGGAGAUACACUGGACGUCUUUACCAUGAUUGACAUCUUCAAGUAUGUCAUCUACGGAAUUGCAGCUGCCUUCUUUGUGUACGGCAUUCUGCUGAUGGUGGAAGGCUUCUUCACGACCGGGGCUAUCAAAGAUCUCUACGGGGAUUUCAAAAUCACCACUUGCGGCAGAUGCGUGAGCGCGUGGUUUAUUAUGCUGACAUACCUUUUCAUGCUGGCCUGGCUGGGAGUCACGGCAUUCACCUCACUGCCGGUUUACAUGUAUUUCAACCUGUGGACCAUAUGCCGAAACACCACCUUAGUGGAGGGAGCGAAUCUCUGCCUGGACCUUCGUCAGUUUGGAAUUGUGACAAUUGGAGAGGAAAAGAAAAUUUGCACCGUCUCUGAGAAUUUCCUGAGAAUGUGUGAAUCCACUGAGCUGAACAUGACCUUCCACUUGUUUAUUGUUGCCCUUGCCGGAGCUGGGGCUGCAGUCAUUGCUAUGGUCCACUACCUUAUGGUUCUGUCUGCCAACUGGGCUUAUGUGAAGGAUGCCUGCCGGAUGCAGAAGUAUGAAGACAUCAAAUCAAAGGAGGAGCAGGAGCUUCAUGAUAUCCACUCUACUCGCUCCAAAGAGCGGCUCAAUGCGUACACAUAAACACCACCUUCCAGCUCUAUCACUCAAAUGCAUUGGUGUUUAACUAAGGGCCAUCCAACCAUCCAAUCUUUUGAAAAAGAAAAUGAAAGUGCUUCUCAUCAAUGACAUGGGGGGGUGACUUAUGAAUUACCCGAAUACACGUCUUUGUUGUGUAGCACUUCAUUUCCUAAUUUGUUCAAUUGGUGUAAUCAGAUCUCUUCUACAAGCUCCUAUCCAGCCUUUUUUUUUUAAUUUCUCAAACUCACUUAAUUCUGUAAGAUCAAAGAGACUAACAUUGUCAGAUGCAGAAGUUUGAUUUCUAACCACUUCCAUGUGUUAUACAUUAAACCUUUUGCAUUCUUUCUUAUGUUUUGAAAAGAAAAGUAGCUUUUUAUACUUUUUAGUUUUGAUUUCAGUAACUAGUUUAACUACAGGUAACCUUCAAAGGGACCACUGUACAUUAUGACAAUAGACAGAAAUGAUAUCAUGACUCAAAACACAAAAGUCCUGUCUGAAGAUCAGUGGCCGUGUCACUAUAGGCCCUGGUUAAUCUUUUCAUCAAUCUAAGGUGCAAUUUCUAAAUUUGUAAGGUAGGUUUAAAAAAAGUGCUUCUUAUCUUUGUUAACACUGUUUUUUUUUUCUUGAUGUACCUAAAAGCAUUUCUCUCUGAUGACUCAUGUUUCUGUUGUGAGCAUGUAGAAACAGUGAUGCUAAUGCAUGGCUAGUUACCUUUUUAAGAUAGUUACACCAGGCUUACCUUUUAAAGUUUAGUAUAGAGACGACUUUAACAGAAAUAACUACCAUGAACUGUUGACGAAUGAUUGCUUUGUGACUUAAGCAGUGGCUGGAUUGGAACUUUUAAUAUGCUAAUGUGGAACAUUAAUUACCUUUAUGAAGGUGGUAUAUUAAAAAUAAGCACACUAACCCCUCCGAAGUUGUUUUACCUACUUUAAAGCAUUUUAAUGGAUUGCACCUCUGUAAACGAUCCCUCCAAUGUGUAUGAUAUAUUUGAAAAGGCUUCCAUUAAUAUAAUAGCUUUGCUUGCAGCCUUCCAAUCUAUGUUGGUUUACCUGUAGUGUUUUUUAAAGUGAGGUCAGAGGCCACUAUACAAUGUAUCCUUUCGAAGUGUAGUGAUAUCUUGUGUUUUUAUUUCAAGGAAGUCAUUUUAACCAAAUGUUCAUUCGUAUUCAUUUAUAAGACGUACCUAUAUCAAAGGAAUAAAAAAAAAACAAUCAGUAUUAUUGGACCAAAUUUGGUGUUUGUUUUAACCUUAACUCUUCUUCGGGUUAUUUCUAAUGCUACAAGAAUGCUGUAAAGUGUCUUUUAAAAUGAUGUAGCCUGACAAGACUUUCUUGCCAGUGUAUAAAAACUAGGUAGUAUUGUGCACUAUUUGACCAUUGUGAAAUCUUUUCUCAGUGUAAGUGCAUUUCUAAUAAAAUUUAUUGAGUGAAACAAUCUUUGUACAAUGACUAGCUGUGCAUCAUCCAUAAUUUUACAAUUCUUGUAGUAGGUAGGGGGUGUAUUACUAGGCUUAUCUGUGGCAUGAUUAUACAUUCUGUAGUAUUAUUUAAUUAAUUUGGGGUUUUGCUUCUUUUUUUUUACACUUAGGUUAUCUUACUGGUUCAACAUUUUUCUGAUAUAUGCAGUAUUACAGAUAUUCAGCAAAAGUAUUAAUGGGCUUCUUUAAAUUCUAUCUUAUAGUGUUUCGGUUCUGUGUCUUAACAGUUUGUGAUGAUUUUUAAAACUGUCUUUUAAACUUAUGUAAUGAUGUUGAUGUUUUUGGCUUUUUUUUUUUUUCUGGUAUUAGAGUUUGUAUUUUCACAAAGAGUGCUUUGUAGCAGGCAUUACAAUUAAUCUGUUUUGUACAUAAAUGUGCCAACAGCUUGAUGGUGGCGUUUUUGAAAUGUAGAACAAAGUGCUUGCAAAUGUAAUAAAUACACUUGUGUACUUUGUGUACUUAU